AUGGCUAGCCCUCCUCUUCCAACUCCAAAGAGCUGGUUCAGAUAUUUCCAAUAUGAGGAAGGAAGGGACUCGCCAAACGAUGCGCGAAACGUUCUCUUAGUAGUUGUCACACUCAUUACUGCAGUGACCUUUCAAGCUGGGGUUAACCCCCCUGGAGGGGUUUGGCAAGAUGAAAAAUAUGGUCCAAAUGGACACAAAGCAGGAAGAGCAAUUUAUGCGUCUCAAAAACAAGCCUACUAUGUUUUCUUGUUUUCUAACACCUUGGCUCUUUCAACAUCGGUUCUUGUCAUUAUGUCCCUCACAUAUAGGUUCCCUUUCCAUUUAGAAGUAUGGUUUGCCACAGCUUCAAUGCUUGUUACAUAUGCAUCUGCGGUAUUUGCUGUCACGCCUGAUGAAUCUUUUAGAUUUCGGUACAUCUUGAUAGCUUCUCUUGGGCCUUUUGCUUUACGAUGUUUGAUUCAAAUAUUCAAAAAGUAUAGAAGUUUGAGUUCCAACUAG